GAAAGUACAAGAACGAACUCUAUAUAUUAAACAAUCUUUUAUACAAAACUUAUUAGAUGUUAAUGUGUCAUAUUAUGAACAAAUUGAAGUGACUUGUUAAUUUUCGGAGUUUUUGAAUGGUUGCUUCGUUUUUUUCGCUGAGUUUAUUUAUCGGUUAGGUUAAGUGAAUUUAGUGAUUGAUUUUUAUUAUUGGUCUGUUUAUGUGUACGACGUUCGAAUACAAGUUUCAUUAAUACAAAAAACUGCGAAGGUGAUCUUCUUAGUCACCGAAUUCUUCCACCUUGAACUUCAGGACAAUUUUUGCGAUUAUUAUUGAUUUAACGGUUGGGAUUCCCGGUAGUUCCUUCUUAAAUCCUCCAAAAUGAAGGAUUUUCUCAGCAUAUGGCACAGGAUAUUAGGCAUUCGGUACAAUUCAGUUAGUACUAACAAGAACAAGUCUUCCGGUAGUAAAAGGAAGCCGUCAUCCCCAUAUAAAAGUGCCAUUAUCAUAGCAAUUAUAGGAAUAAUAGGAGUAUUAUCUGGAACGUGUAUCCACAUCCUUAAUCCAUAUGAUUUGAUCUAUAGAUGGAAAUUAAUCUUUGAAAAAGGCGGAGAAAUUUAUGAGCUAUGGAGAGACCCACCAGUAGAACUCUACCUCAGGGUUUUCCUAUGGAAUAUUACGAACAAGGACGCGUACAUGAAUGGUACUGAUGAUAAACUAAAAAUGGUUGAAGUAGGGCCUUAUGUAUAUAGAGAAUUAAUGCUCCAUGACAAUGUCACCUUUAAUGAUAAUGGAACCUUAACAGCAAUCCCCAGGCAUCCAUUAGUGUGGGUACCGGAACUUUCGGAAGGAAGAAGAGAGGAUGAUCUACUUAUAUUGCCUAACAUCGCUUUACUGAGUAUAGCGGAUGUAGUCUCUGACAGAUCAUAUUUUACAAGAAUUGGAUUAAACGUGAUCAUAAGGCAGACAGAGAGUUUUCCGUUAGUACAAAUGACGGCGAGGGAAUUCAUGUUUGGCUAUUCCAGCAGUCUGAUGAGUUUAGGAAACAACUUUUUGCCUAACUGGAUAAACUUUGAUAAACUGGGCUUAAUUGAUAGGAUGUACAAUUUCGAAGGAGAUUACGAAACAGUAUACACCGGGCAGAAGCUGGGCCUUGAGAAUAUAGGUUUAAUCGAAAAAUAUAGAGGAGAAACUAAAUUACCUCAAUGGGACAGCCCUUGCGGUGAUAUCACUGGUGCUUCGGAUGGCACCAAAUUUAAAGGAUAUACAAAACCCAACGAUACGCACCUGUUUUUCAGAAAAAGUAUGUGCAGAGCUAAAAAAUUGAUAAGAGUCAAUGAAACGGUAACUAACGGUUUGAAAGCCUAUGUUUAUCACUUAGAUCCAGAAGCUGACGAUAAUGGAAGAGUACACGAAUACAACAAAUGCUUCUGUAAAGAUCCAGAGAACUGCAAGCCUAAGGGUCUUUUAGACGUUCGUGGUUGUUAUUAUGGAUUUCCGAUAGCUCUAAGUUAUCCACACUUCUUGGAUGGAAAUGAAAGCUUAUCAAAUAAUGUUAUUGGAAUGAAACCGGAUCCUAAAUUACAUAAAUCAUAUUUCAUUAUUCAACCAGAUUCUGGUCUUCCACUUGAGCUGGCUGUGAGGUUCCAGAUAAACAUGCAUUUAGGAAAUAUUAAAACUAUUGCCAACUGUGACAGAUUUGACAAUAUGGUGCUUCCCCUUUUAUGGACAGAGAAUAGGCUAUACAAGUUACCCGAGUUCCUAGCAGUCCGCUUCAGAUUGUACCUCAACGUCCUUCCUCUCAUAGAGAAAUGUAUGAUGAUGAUCCUUCUUGGAGGUGGAGUCUUCUUCUUUUUAAUUUCCCUGUAUAGAUUCGUCAAAAUAACAAAAGGAAGAUCCAAGUACCAAGAACCGUGGAUCGAAGAUGAUCUAGUCUUGAACAUCGAUAGAAAAUUAAGCAGUUACAUCCCCGAAAAAUCUUCAUCGCUAACAGCGAGGGAAUUAGAAGUUUACAUGGAUAGUAUGGUACCCCUAACAGAUGAUAUUCACAGAGAACAUGAACACAGUCAGAACGAACAUGAACACAGUCAGGACGAACAUGAACAUCAUAUAACUCAUGAUCAGAGUGCUCUUGUAUACUGAUGGAGGAAUUCGAGAUUCUGAUUUUACUGGUGAAAGUUUGUUCACUACGUGCAUUGUGAUAAAGGCCUCUUCAGUUUUGGGCAUGUUUCGUGUACGCUUAUUCUAAUAUUUAAGGGGCUAAAACGUAAUAAUCUUUUGAAAAUGAUUUGUACGAUUCGGAUAGAUAUAAUAUAGGUCGAGAAACUCUUUAUUUUUUACGAAUGUGCUUUUUGACAAGCAUUAACAGUAGGUUUUUAAACAAUACAAAUAUUUUGGCAAUAAAUAUCUAAUUAUUAGGUUAGUAAAAAUAUGUAGCAAAUUAUUAUAGAACUUAAAAUUGUUAAGGGGGUUAGGUAUUGUUAACUAUUGUUUUUAAUUAUAGGGAGUGGGAUUUUAAAUCAUCUUCUAGUAAUUUAAUUAUUUAUGUAUUGCCUGAAGAUAUUAUGCAGUGCAUUUUCUCGAUACUAGGGAUCAUAAACCACUUUUAUAAAGAAAUAAUUAUGUUUUAUAUUCCCAUAUGGUGUUGGUAGUUCUAUAAUAAUAAUUGUAUAAUUACCAAGGGAAACGUACUAAUGUUGUACCUACUCAGUGCUAGUGUAGAUAUGGGAAUAAAGAAUUUAGAGUCUGACUAAAAUUAAUACCUCAAGUAAAAUAAGGGAACGUAAUAAUCAGUUAAAAUAUAGAACAUGUUACAUUCUUCAUAUACCACUUGCACUAUCUACAUUUUAUAUCCCAAAAUAAUAAUAAUAAAAAAUAUUUGUUUAUCUUUUCAAAUUACAAAUAUUCUCUUUUAUUAUUUGUAUAAUUUUGCAUGCGCUGGAACCAAUUGCAAAAGUAUUGUUUCGUUGUGUUUGAGUAGGCACUUACGGUGCCUAUCUGUUCUGGAUGUUAAGGAUCAGCAUAGCUAUCCUAACUUUGCUUGCAGCUAUUCGGAAUAGUCCAUUUUUAGACGUACUGCACCACUUUCUCAGGUUUUGAAGCCAAUAUAUUCCUAUUUUUGGUCCUUUCUUUCCAAAUACCUUGCCCUGACCAAUGAGUUGCAACAAGCGAUAUCUCCGUUAAUUUCUCAUAAUAUGGCCAUAUUCUACGGCCUUAUAUUGAUGGAUAUUCUAAUUUGCGCUCUUUCAUUAUGUUAAUAAUCUUUCAUUCCUUGCCUAUUCUAAGUAGGACCUCAACAUUAAUCACACGAUCAUGCAUGAAAUUCUUUAAAUGCGUCAGUAACAUCACAUCUCGAAUGCCUCUGGUUUUCUUAGAAGCUUCAGAUAGGGUCUAGGCCUCUAACCACUCCUUAUAAUAACGUAAAAAAUACAGACAUAGCAUUUAUGAUAAUAGAGAUUUUGAUCAUCAUCAUCAUUAUCUUGGUGCUACAGCCCUUAGAGGGCCUCGACCUUCUCAAGCUUUUUACGCCGUUCUGUUCUGUCCCUUGCUUGCAUUUUCCAGUUGCCGACUCCGAUCUUCACGGCAUCUUGUGUUACCCCGUCCAUCCACCUCAACUUUGGUCUACCUCGUCUUCUCAUUCCCACGGGUUGAGCUGUUAGAAUUUUUUAUCAUGUUCGAUUCAGGGGCCCGGGCUACAUGUCCUGCCCACUGCAGGCGCUUUCUCUUGAUUACAGUGAUAAUAUCUUUUCCACCAAACGUAUGCUUGUAGAUAUUCUGCAGUUCAAAGUUAUAUCUACGCCUCCAUAUUCCGUUCUCACAGACUGCUCCGAAUAUAAUGCGUAGCACUUUUCUUUCAAAAAUCGAUAGAGCGGAUUCAUCUGUUUUAGUUAGCGUCCAUGCCUCUGAUCCAUAUGUGAGAACGGGGACUAUCAAUAUUCUAUACAGCCUUAUACGAGCUUUUUGAGACAGACGUUUGUUAGAUAAGUACUUCGAUAGACCAUGAUAACACUUGUUUGCAAUUAUUAUUCGCCUUUUUAUUUCCUCAAAUGUGUUAUUAUUGGGGUUAACCGAUUUCCCUAGAUAUAUGAACUCUUUGACCGCUUCGAAGUUUUGGCCAGUAAUGAUUAUAUCUGCGUCAAUAUUCCCAACUCUUGUGUUUGUGGUAAUCGCCAUGAAUUUGGUUUUACUUUGAUUUAUAUAUAACCCCAUUCGUUCUGCUGCUGCUACUAGAUCGGUUAGGAUUUCCGCAGUUCUCGCCCUGGUUCUUGUUAUAACGUCCACGUCAUCUGCAUAUGCUAGAAUUUGGACUGAUCCAUUAAAUAUUGUUCCGCUGCUAUCUAAAUUAGCGUCUCGUAGAACGUUUUCUAAAACUACAUUAAAAAGCUGACACGCCAGUGCAUCUCCCUUCCUUAACCCCCUAUGUAUUUCAAAUGGGGUUGACAAGUCGUUUUGAAUUUUUACUGCUGAUAGCAUCUUCCCCAUUGUCACUUUUAUCAAACAUAUGAGUUUUUUGGAAUUCCUAACUCAUUCAUAGCGUUGUAAAGACUUGGUUUUGAGACACUAUCAUAUGCCGCUUUAAAAUCGACAAAGAUUUAGUACAUAUCUAUGUUAAAGUCUUGCGCUUUUUCGAGGAUCUGUCGUAGUGUAAAGAUCUGGUUAAUGGUUGAACGUCCACGCCUGAAUCCUGCCUGAUAUUCUCCUAGAAACGCUUCGGUAUAAGGCUUCAAUCAAUAGAGAUUUAGAUAUUAAGUGGUAAAUGACUUCUGAAAAUAAACCUCAUCGUUAUGAACGCUGAUCUUGCUUUUCCUAUGCGUUGGUUUAUUUCAGUAGAGUUUUCCCAUUGGCUGUUUAUGUUGGUAGCAAGGUAUGGGUAGCUAGUUACCUUUUUAGUUGGUUGUUGGUUAUCGAAAAGCCAUAUAAUCAUUUUAAGUGCAUUUAAAUAUGUGAGUAAAAUAUGGUCACCUAUUUCUUUGUCUCUUUUUCAGUUACUUAUUUUUCUGCUACUCAGGAUAUAUCCCGUCAAACCAGGUGUCCUCUCAGUUUUCACAUCUUGAAGAGCUACAGUUGUUAUUUUUUCAGUAGCAGUUUUUUUAAGUUUUUUUAUGUUGUUUUAUAUGCGUGUCUCUAGAUAAAGUUACUAUUAUCAUCAACAGCUAUUCCAUUUAUCGUAGGAUGUAAACCUCCCUUAGGUGUGUUUAUUUAUUUCUAUUCGCUGUUUUUUACAUCCAUUAGUGGCCAGGCAUUUGAUUGAUGCCAUCCGUCCAUCUGGUUUGAGGUCUGCAUCUACUUCUCUUACUUGCCCUUGAUUUCCAUUCAAUUAUUAGAUUUGCCUAACGGUUGUCUUCUAUUCUUCAUAUAUGUCCUACCCAGUUCCAUUUUAAGUUCCAUUUUAACGUGGCAAUAUUUUGAAUUAUACACAUAUGUUAUACUUUUGAUUGUCUUCUUAUUUCUUCAUUGGAUUAUUUGCGAUCACUAUAUGAUGAACUUAUAGUCAUUUUAUAAAUAAAUAACUCUGAAAUUUCUAUGUACUUUAAAAACAGGAGCAGAAACUCCUAACUGUCAUUUUCACUUCAUAAAUUAAAGAUCAACUGGGGUAGUACAUUUUCAAUGAUAUUUUUGCUUUAUUAAACUUUUCUAUAAAUUUGCUUUUAUUAAGAACAUAGUAAUGUUUAUAAGUUUUGAGUAUAACCAAUCGCUUAUUAUUUCUAAGCAUUUCGUUAUACUGUGAACAUGUCAUCCAUGACAAUUACAAAAAAAUAAUAUAUAUGCUUGAUCCCUGGUUAGUGCGGUAAAAGAAAUCUACAUUAUAGUUAUAGCACGUAAAGUUAGUUCGAAAAAGCUGGGUAUUUAUGUUCAUAAAAUUUUGAGCUUUGUUAAAGCCUUGUUAAUAUGAUACCUCCCGAAAGUACUUAAAUGCAUUAAAAUAUCUACCUACUGGAUCGUAAACCUGCUUAAAGAAAUAAAUUAAAUAUUCAUAAGCCUGUACUCUAUAAGAGCUCUUAACAUGGAGCUAUACUGGACUGAGUCAAACGCUUUCUCAAAAUCUACAAAUAUUAUUAUUAAUGCAUGUUGUAUUCUGGAACUUUAUUAAGGAUCUAAUUAGUAGAUGGUCAUUCUUCCCGAUUACCAAAAACAAUAAAAAAAUGUACAUCAUAAAAAUCUAUUCACUUCAUUAUCGAGGCUUGACUUUUAAUACAUUUUGUAUUUGGGUCAACUAGAAAAUACAAAUAAACAAUUAGAAUAUAUAUACCCAGCUAUUAGCAAUAAUUUUAGUUAUCAUAUUUAUUGUGAGCCAUUUUAAUUCUAGUUGCCAUUUUAAUAAUAUAGACACCCAUUUGGUGUUUAAUGUUGGUUAAUAUUUUUGGUUAUUUAUUAAAAUAUUUAAAUUUUAGUAUACAGUUGAAAUAUUUUAACGUAUGUGGAACAAAAUUAUAACAUUCGAACUACCAUCGAAAAUUUGGGUUUAAUGUGUAGAAAUAAAUAGGCCUGGAUCCUGCGUAUUAAAUAAAAGUUGAUUAAUAACAAGCUGAAAAUUUGUUAAUAGCUUAACGGUGUCUAGUCGGACAAACUUUGAUGUACGGGAACACUGGAAUAGGGGAAGUUUUAAUUCUGGAACAGAUUAAGAAUUUGGAACGUCAUAUUACGAAAACGUCCCAUGUAUUUUCAUUAAACUCUAAUGCAAAAAUCAAACUGCUAUUACUAACCAACAUGACUCCUGUCAUUUGACAUGUUCUUCGUGUUCCACUGAUUAAAAUGCCCAGUUGGUGAUAAACAACAGUCUGAUUUUUGCAUGAGAGUUUAAUGAAAUGGUAACAAAUCAAUUGGAAGUUCUGUCCGACAAAAUACAUGGAACGUUUUCGUAGUCUGGCGUUACAAAUUUUUAACCUGUUCCACAAUUAAAACUUUCCCUGUUCCAGUGUUCCCAUACAUCAAAGUUUGUCCGACUAGACAACGUUAAGCUAUUAACAAAUUUUCAGCUUGCUAUUAAUCAACUUUUUUUGGUACGUGGAAUCCAGGACUAACAACUCCAACUAACUAUGGGAACCAAUUAUUGUUUAAGGCAUUUAUAUUGGGAACUGUUUAUACCUAUAUGUCUAUGGUUACGCUAGUUCAGGCGCGGAUCCAAGGGGGGUCAAUGGGGUCAAUUGCCCCCUCCUUGAGACUUCGCCUGGUGUCGCCUUUUUUUAAGAAAGAGAUAAUUACGAUUUAAAAUAAAUAGUGAGUUUUGUGUCCUGUUGACAACUGAAUAACGGAAUGAAACAUAAAACAGCAUUCCUUCUCCAAAGUACGUGUUCUUGGUCUUACUGUAUGGUGCCGAGCCUUGGACUGUGAAUAAAAUCGAUCUACUUACAUAAAUCGCCUUGAGGCUUUCGAAAUGUGGUUCCAUAGAAGAAUUUUAAAAGUAUCUUGGGUGAAGAAGAUUUGAAACUCCACAAUACUAGAACGUCUCAGCAAGACGACGUAUUGAGAUGUAUUGAGAAGUUUCAAAUAUAGAUUUCAAACGCAGUCCAGGACGAAAAAGCACUUCGUGGUUGAUUUAGGGUGGCAGUGAAUAAAAUUAAGAUAGUAACCAACGUUCUGAAAGGACAUGGUACAUAAAGAAAAAUAAAGUAUAAGCCGAUACCGAAAAAGAAUCCUGCGUAAGCGAGUGACGAGAAAAUUUUUAGUUCAUUGCCCCCUCCUUGCAAGGUGGCUGGAUCCGCCGUUGCGCUAGUUAUUGGGAGAAACCGUUAUACGGGGAAAAGAUAAAAAUAGGAAACAAGUGAAAGAUUAAACAUAAUAUUUAGUUGAUAAAAUAAUUGAGCGCCAACUAUUUUUAAAAGAUAAAUAAUAAACCAAAACCGAAAGAUAACAAAUGAAUAAAAUCAACAGAAAUUGUAAUAAAUAAUUAUUUGUAAAAUUUAUGAUAAUUCUUAGGAUUAUCCUAGUAGAAUAAAUAAUUUUUUAUUUCAAUAUUUUUAGAUCAUGGGCUUUAACAAUAUUAUUUUCAUUAUAAUUAAAACUAACCAAAAAUAUUAUAACAACAAAAAACACCCCGAUUGUAGUGUAGGAAUAACCUUAUGAUUUAUUUAUUUUUGUGAUAAUAUUUAACCUCUGAGAAUUAUCUUGAGAUAAUAAUAUAGAUAAGUGUUUUAUAUUUGCAGAAAGAAAAUAAUAAUUCUUAUGUAAUGUUGUUACAGUAACAGCAAUCUCCAUGUCCGAUUUACUAUCCUAUUUUGUCAAUUUCUUUCAAUGUAGUUUUUGACAUCACGUAAAAACAUGUCAUUAACACUAGCAAAACGAAGCUAGGACAAAUAAUCCCCAGACAAAUAAUCCCGGACGAAAAAUUCCCAAAAAUUAUCCCUGGACAAAAAAUCCCCAGACAAAAUAUCCCCACAAAUAAUCCCCGGAUAAAAAAUCCCCACAAAAAAUCCCUGACAAAUAAUCCCCACAAAUUUUUUUGUACCAAAUAUCCCCACAAAAUAUCCCGGUCAAAAAAUCCCCAAGAAAUAUUUGCUGCCGAAUAGUUCUCUAAAAGUUUUCCCGUGAAUUUCCCCAUCGCCAUGAAACCUCCUUUCGGCACGAAAAUAAUGAUUAGCAAUUAAAAAUAAGCAUGAAUUGUAAUUUCGAUUACCAAAUUUCGAAUUCGAAUUGUGAGUUUUUUGGCUGUGGGGGUCAUAUUGUAAUUAUUCGUUUAAAUCUUUUGCUCACUCUGCUUUGAAUAACUCUGUUCAAAACAUUGCCUCUUCGAGAUCAUAACUGCUUGUCCUGAAAACUAGAAUCUUGAUUGUAAUGCAAAAAAACCUGUUCCUUUUUGUAAAUUUAACGUCAAAAAUAUUUAUUCAUCAUCAUCAUCAAUGGCGUUAUAACUCUUCGAGAAUCUUUGCCGAGCUUACUAUUGCCUUCCAAGUUUGUCGGUCGUGUGCCACUAUUUCCCACUGUGUCACUCCCAUUUUCUCCAGAUCUUCUCUGACUGCAUCUUUCCAUAUGUUUCUGUCUAGACUUUCUCCUAUCUGGCCUGUCCCCGAGCAGCUAAUUUUUUAUGGAUGCACUUCUUCUUCUUAUGGUGCCUAUGCGUUACGGAUGUUGGACACUAACAUGGCUAUUCUGACUUUGUUGACUGCUGCCCUGAAAAGUCCGGUAGUGGUUAAGUUAAACCAUUUUCGCAGGUUAUGCAGCCAGGAUAUUCUUCUUCGUCCUGGACCUCUUUUCCCAUGCACUUUACCUUGAAGUAUGGUCCGAAGUAGGUCAUAUCGUUGUUCAUUGCGCAUUAUAUGGCCCAGGUAUUCCAGUUUGCGACGUUUUAUGGUUACGACUAUUUCGCGCUCUUUACCCAUUCUAUGUAGAACUUCUUCGUUGGUAACUCUGUCUAUCCAGGAAAUCCUCAACAUGCGUCUAUAGCACCACAUCUCAAAUGCUUAGAGUCUCUUCAGUGAUACUUCAGUUAAGGUCCAUGAAUCCACGCCAUAUAAAAUAACGGAGAAUACGUAGCAUUUUACUAAUCGAACUUUUAUUUCCAAUUUUAUAUCGUGGCUGUUAAAGAUUUUUUUCAUUUUGACGAAAGCUGAUCUUGCCUUCUCGAUCCUUAUCUUAAUUUCCGUCGAUUGGUCCCACUGUUCAUUUAAGUUUGCACCCAAAUAGCAAAAGUUGGUGAUUUGUAUUAUAGGUUGUUGGUUAACUAGUAAUUGGCCAGGUGGUAUCCUAUUUUUGCUUAUAACCAUGUAUUUGGUUUUUUUGAUGUUAAAAUCAAGCCCAAACUUGCUUCUUACUUCUGCCACCCUGGAGACAAGUGUCUGUAGACCUUCAAGACUGUCUGCAAACAUGACAGUAUCAUCAGCGUAUCUUAUGUUGUUCAAUCGUUCUCCAUUUAUAAGUAUUCCCUCGUCUAUGUCCGUUAGUGCUAGGUUCAUAAUGUGCUCUGAAUAUGUAUUGAACAAUAAUGGGGACCAUAUACAUCCCUGUCGCACAUCUCUUUUUAUCUUUAUGUCGUCUGUUACCUGAUCCCCUACUCUAACAGCUGCAGUUUGUUCGUAAUAGAUAUUGUUUAUUAUACGGCGAUCUGUGCUGUCUAGACCAAUUGAAUUUAAUAUUUUCAUCAGUUCGUCAUGUUUUAUUCUAUCGAACGCUUUCUGGUAAUCAACAAAACACACAUAUGUAUCAUAAUUCACGUCUCUACAUCUUUGAAAGAGAACUUGUAUUGCAAAAAGUGCCUCUCUCGAGUACCCAAUGCAUCCCUGAAGCCGAAUUGUGUGUUUGUCAUGUGUUCUUCACACUUUUUAUAUAUUCUUUUAUGUAUAAUUUUUAAAAAAGUUUUCAGGAGAUGGCUCAUAAGGCUUAUUAUUCGAUAAUCUUCACAUUUUUUUGCAUUGGGUUUUUUAGGGAUUGUUAUAAAAGUUGAUCUUAGCCAAUAUUGUGGUAUUUUUCCACUUUGGUAUAUAUUGUUGAAGAUCAAGUCUUUUUACUUCGUCUUUAUCCAUAAUUUUCAAAAAUUCUGAGUAGAACUCAUCUGGUCCUGCGGCAUUUCCCUCCUUAAUAUUGUUUAUAGCAGCUUAUAUAGCUCUUCUCUUCAUAGAUGCACACAGAUGCUUAAUUGCGUUUUUUAAAAACCGGAUAUCGAAUAAUUAUGCUUAUAAGUUUGUUCCCAAAAGCUCCAAAAAAGUAAAAAUACUCGAAAAGCUUUGUAUAACUUUCCUCGCGAUGAGUGGUUCUGGCAUUGGAAUUGAAAUUAGUGGAAAUUUCAAUUGUUUUGAUGCAUACAAAAUCUCGUACUCUCAUGCACUGAGCAUGAAUCAUGAAAAUCAUAUCAGCUCUCAUGCACUCAGGCUGAAAAACAUUUGCGCCGAUUGCAUUCACGGAAAAACUAUUAGAGAACUAUUAAUUCGGCAGCAAAAUAUUUCUUGGGGAUUUUAUGUCCGGGAUUUUUUGUGGGGAUUUUUUGUCCGGGGAUUAUUUUGUCCGGGGAUUAUUUGUAGGGAUUAGUUGUGGGGAUUUUUUGUCUGGGGAAUUUUUGUCCAGGGAUAAUUUGUGGGGAUUUUUUGUCGGGGAUUAUUUGUCCGGGGAUUAUUUGUCCGGACCCCGGCAAGACAUAGGCAUUUAUUCAUUUACUUUAGGCAUAGACAUACAUUCAUUUAUUUUAAGAACUAGUAUACCUACUCAAGAUACUUCCAUUUUCAGCAUUCCUUCUAUUUAUGAAACCCGGAAAUAGUUUUGACGCGUUCUAAUAAGUCAAUAUCUAUUUUUAAUUGUGAUAUUAUUAAUAAGACAAUAAUUUUUAAUAUUCAUUUUUUGAAACACAAUCAACUUUCUUUGUAGCUGUUCAGCUUUUAGUGUAAUCAUUUUAAUAAAAUAAUUAAACUGAA